AUGAGCUCCCAAAUUCGUCAGAAUUAUUCCACAGAGGUGGAGGCUGCUGUCAACCGCCUGGCCAACCUGCAUCUGUGGGCCUCCUACACCUACCUCUCUCUGGGCUACUAUUUCGACGACAAUGAUGUGGCUCUCGAGGGCGUGGGCCACUUCUUCCAGGAGUUGGCGGAGAAGAAGCACAAGGACGCUGAGCAUCUCUUAAAGUUGCAAAACAAGCGUGGCGGCCGCAUUCUCCUCCAGGACGUGCUGAAACCUUCCCAGGAUGAGUACAAAACUCAGGAUGCCGUGGAAGCCGCCCUGGCCUUGGAGAAGAACCCAAACCAGGCCCUUUUGGAGCUGCAUGCCCUGGGUUCUACCCACACAGACCCUCAUCUCUGUGACUUUCUGGAGAACCACUUCCUGGAUGAGGAGGUGAAACUGAUCAAGAAGAUGGGUGACCACCUGACUAACAUCCGCAGGCUGGCCGGCCCCCAGGCUGGGCUGGGCGAGUGUCUCUUCGAAAGGCUCACCCUCAAGCACGACUAGGAGCCUUUGGAGCCCAGA